AUGCAUGCAUUUAAUGAUUUGGAUGAUAUAUUCCUCAAAGGCCCGAUACUGUUUGAAGAAAUACUUUUAUCCGAUUUUAAUAUUUUCCGUUUAGUUGGUAAUUUCUCGCGGAAUCCGAGUCCAAUACCUCUUGAUGAAGUAAAAAGUUGGGAAACUUCAUUGCAAACUGAGGGGAUGCUUAACAAUCGUUAUCAUAAAUAUUUGUUAGUUGACCGACUUCUGAUUGUUGGUAUAGCUAAAUCUAUUCCUGUUUUUAAAAAAUUGACCUUGACUGAUCAGGUGUUUUAUGUAAACUUUAUGUAA